GUGCUUGGGGUUUAGGCUUACCCUUCAAAUAACCAUUAUAUAAACAGCAGUCACAUCGCACCGCGACUAGAGGAAACAGCAGUUGUGUGGAAACUUUGCGCUCUCGUCUUUCGUGAACAGCGCACGUCCGUGAAGCUCUAACUAUGAGUUCGCGUACUAAUAUUUCUUGUUUACAAGAAGCCAAACGAGUGGCUAUUUUUGGAGGCACACAUGGAAAUGAGAUGUCCGGCAUUAUGCUGGUAAAUAUGUGGAUAGAGAAUGCAGCCGAGAUAGAAAGAAACAGACUGGUGACCAAGCCGUUCAUAAGCAACCCCAGAGCAGUGGAGAAAUGUACUAGGUACAUCAACACGGAUUUGAACAGAGCAUUUACGCCUGAGAACCUCAGUGCUCCAGAUGUUGAAGGGCUUCCAUAUGAAGUCCGGAGGGCCAAGGAAAUCAAUCAGAUGUUCGGACCCAAAGGAAGCUCGGAUGCAUAUGAUGUCAUCUUUGACCUUCACAACACAACCUCAAACAUGGGCUCCACCCUCAUUCUGGAAAGCUCAACAGACCUCUUCAACCUUCAGAUGGUACAUUAUAUCAAAAAAGCUAUGGCCCCCCACACCUGUUCAGUACUGUUAAACGAACACCCACAGCUGAAGUAUUCAACCACACGUUCUGUGGCCAAACACCCAAUUGGUCUUGAGGUGGGCCCUCAGCCACAGGGCGUUUUGAGGAGCAAUGUAUUUGAGUCCAUGAGGACAAUACUGAAGCAUGCUCUGGACUUCAUCGAGCUUUUCAAUAGUGGUGUAGAGUUUCCUCCAUGUACAGUGGAAGUUUUCAGAGUCCAGGAGAGAAUGGACUACCCCAGAGACACCAACGGCAACAUCACAGCUAUGGUGCAUCCUCAUCUACAGGACUGUGACUGGGAGCCUUUGAACCAGGGUGACCCUAUGUUCCUAACUUUCGAUGGGAGAACAAUCCUUUAUGAAGGUGCCAGCACGGUAUACCCCACGUUUAUUAAUGAGGCUGCCUACUAUGAGAAACAGCAGGCGUUCAUGACCACUUGUAGGGAAAUACUGUCUGCCAAUGCAAUCAGAAAAGCUUUCAAGUAAUGUUUUCUCUUAAAAAAUCACUGACGCUUAGUUGACAUAAUGUGUGUGUCAAGCACUGUACUUCAUGUAAAAGUACUUAAAACAUUUAUUAUUCUUGAAUAAUUAUAAUACAGUUUUAUAACAUUUUAAAAUUUGAUUUCUUACACCACAAAACUAUUUAAUUGAACAGUAAAAAAGCCAAAGUUUACUAAAAUUAUCUUUAAAAAGAGACUGUAACCAGAUACAAUAUCUAAAAUAAACACUUUUUGGUAAACUAAUAAUGAACUGCACUUAUACAGAAUUUAUUAAUCUUUGUUAAUGUUAAUUUCAACACCAAUACAUUAUUAAAAUCUUGUUAACAUUAGUUAAUGCACUGCGAACUAACAUGAACAAUGAACAACUGUAUUUUCAUUAACAAACGUUAACGAAGAUUAGUAAAUACAGUAACAAAUGUAUUGUUCAUGGUUAUUUCAUGUUAGUUAAUACAUUAACUAAUGUUUAACUAAUGAACCUUAUUGUAAAGUGUUACCCAAUUUUCUUUAUAUAUAAAUUAAUAAAUAUAAAUAUAUGCAUUAUAUAUUAUAUAUAUAAUUUAUAUUUGUUGUUGUUAUAUAUAUAUAUAUAUAUAUAACAACAAAUAUAAAUAUAUUAUUUAAUAUUAUGUAUAUAUUGAAAGUAUAUAUUAUAACACUACCAGUAAGAUUUGGGCAGUAAGAUUUCGGGUAGUAACACUUUUAUACAGCAAGCAUUAAAACAACUAUAUUUAUAUCUCAAAUAUUGAACUUUCUAUUCAUCAAAGUAAAAUUUUCAUCCUCAACAAUGUAUCGCGUUUUCCACAAAAAUAUUAAGAAAUGCUGCAGAAGCUGACAAUUCAGCUUUGCCAUUACAAGAAUAAAUUACAGUUUAUAAGUAUUUAAGUACUAAACAUGAAAAUUGUCCAGCCAUGACUUCCUGCUUUACAGGAGUAUAACUUUUAGGUACUGUAACACAAAGGCCAAAUUCCCUUACAAUGUGUAAAACCAAGGAACUGAUGUGUGUCAUCACAAAUCACAAUCACAAGUUGUUUGGGUGGGUUUCAAGAAAAAGAAAAAAAACCUCUGCUCUAAUUGAAAAACAAACUCAAGUACAACCCCAAUUCCAGAAAAGUUGGGACAUUUUGUAAAAUGCAAUAAAAGGGCAAGGCAGGAAGCCUCUGUCAAAUGUGCUUGACCUUCGAGCCCUCAGAUGGCAUUAUAUGAGAAACCAUCUUGCUACUGUGUUAAAUAUAGCCACAUGUGCUCAAGAGUACUUUGGAAAACCAAUGUCACUUAACACAGUCUGCCUCUGCAUCAACAAAUGCAACUCGAAACUCUGUAAUGCAAGGACAAAGCUAUACAUCUGUUCAAUGCAGAGAUUCUGCCAAGUUCUCUGAACCUGAGCUCAACUCAGAUGGUCCAAAAGAGAGUGGAAAUGUGUGCUGUGGUCAAAUGAUUCCAUAUUUCAUCUUGUUUUGGGGGAAAAACUGACAUCCCAAAGACCGACCAGACUUUCAUAAGCGACCGGUGCAAAAGCAAACAUCUGUCAUGGUAUGGGGGUGCAUCGGUGCAAAUGGAAUGGUUCCAUUGACAUGGAGAUGGAUACUGGGAUUGUACAGAGACAUAUGCUGCCAUCAAGACACAUGCUACAACAGAGUGGUUUCUUAGACACUCUACACUGUAGAAGGGAUAUGCUUGACUGCCUGCCUGCAGUCCAGAUCUGUCUCUUAUUAAAAAUGUAUUGACAAUCAGACAACAAUGACCGCAGACUUUUGAGCAGUUGUCUUGUAUUAGGCAAGAUUGGGCAAAAAUUCCACAUGCAAAACUGCAACAAUUAGUAUCCUCAGUUUCUGAACAAUUAAAAACUGUAAUUAAAAGGAAAGGUGAUGUGACACAGUGUUAAACAUGCCUCUGUCCCAACUUUUUUGGAGUGUGUUGCAGCCAAACAUUUGUUUAUAUUUAUAAAAUACAAUUAAAUUGGUCAGUGAAAUCAUUGAAAAUAACUUUUGUCAGUUAAAUAAAGGUUAAAGAAAAUUAACAAAAUCACAUAUUCUUGAUAUUAUUACAUUUUAGAAAACUUUUCUGGAAUUGGGGUUGUUAUAUUCAGUUUCCAGACACUACUGGAACUUCAAACAGGGCCACGUUCUGUGGUCAGAUGAAACUAAAAAAGCUUUUUUGGUAGCAAACACACAAGGUUUGGUGCACUCAGGGCUAAAAAAAUACCCCAUGUCCACAGUUAAAAAUACUGCUGGAUCUUUAAUAUUGUGGACCUAUUUUUCUGAAGUCCUGGACAUCUUGUUCAGAUACAUGUCAUCAUGGAUUCUAUAAAGUACCAACAGAUUAAAAAAAUCUAAUCCUGACUGCCUCUGCUAGAAAUCUUAUAAUGGGCCAUGGUUGGAUCUUCCAUCAGGACAAUGAUCCAAAAACAACAACAACAAAAACAUCAACACAAAAAUGGGUCACUGAGCACAAAAAUUAAGUUUCUGCCAUGGCCACCAGUUCCUUUGCCUGAACCCUAUAGAAAAUGACUGGGGUGAAGAUGAGGCUAAAUUGAAGAUGAGAGAGUGCACCAACCUGGACCUCGGAAUAUGAAGGACUCAGAACUGUUAAAUUGGUUACAAAAAGUAUUGAAUAAAGGGGGGGGGGGCAACAUGUAUUGUGUGGCCAACAUGUAUUGGAGUAUAACACUUCUUUCAUAACAAGAUAUAUAUAUAUAUAUCUGCCCACUUACAAAUUUAUAAAUGCAAAGAGCAAAUUUUAGUUUUUUAUUUGUAGUCUGAAGAUUAAGAUUUUUUAAAUGUGUAUUUUCUAACACUUUUAACGACUUCAAAUAUAUUGUGUUUUGUACUGAAAUUGUGUGAUGAAAUCCACAGUAUGUAGUGAUGAAUUUAUAUUCCUAGAUUUUUUAAAUACUAUAUAGGUCUACCUCUAGUAUAUACAGUAUGUCUGCACAAUUCAGAUCCUGAUGUAGUGUAUGUAAAAUGCACAAGCUCAGGAACAGUCUUCACUGCCCUCUAGCCUCUGAUUCAACACACUGUUGACUCAAAUACUGACCUGAAACAGCCUUAAAACAACCACAAAAUAAACUCUCAGCACUGUGCUUUUACAUCAUGCAUCAUUGGGAAUUAAUCAUGUGUCGAAACUCUGUAUUUUGUGCUGUUUGUGAUGCAAAAGUAUGUUGUAGUUUAAGUUUUGAAGUUCCUGAAUUCAUCCUCAUUUCAGAGUGGUGCAACCCAAGUACUGCCUUAAUUAAACAGAGUCUGAUAUUUAGGGAAAUAUGUAUGCUUUUUCCACUGUGAUUUUCUUUUGUGAUAUAUAUGGUUUGUGUAAAUUGUUGAAAAGCUCAUUGUUGUGUGUUAUAUUUUGAAAUGUGAUGUUUUAAAAUAUAAUAUCUAUGCAAGAAAUAA